UCCCCUCAUCCAUUAAUACUCCCACUUCUCUACCUUCCAUUCAGAUCCCAGGCAAUUGUUAGUGUUCCAGGUAUCUAGAUUGGUUCCUCUCAGCAGCAGACAUGUCCAGCCUGAAACAGCUUUGUCAGGGACUUCCUCUCAGUCCCCUCCCUGAGAAUAAAGGGCGAAGAAGUGGAGUGCCCCAUGCCCCUGUGAGAACUCCGAACUUGAGUCUAGAGGAGGAAAAGUUGGCAUUGAGGAAUUCCCUCCGCUACUUUCCUCCUGAAGUCCAUCAGGUACUAGCACCAGAGUUUGCCGAAGAACUGAGGCGCUACGGACAUAUCUACAUGUACAGGUUCUGUCCACAGAUUGAAAUGAGGGCCUAUCCGAUUGACAAGUACCCGUGCAAGAUCAAAGCAGCUGCUGCAAUAAUGCACAUGAUCAUGAACAAUCUGGAUCCUGCAGUGGCUCAGUUUCCCCAGGAGCUUGUAACUUAUGGAGGAAAUGGACAGGUCUUCAGCAACUGGGCUCAGUUCUGGUUGGUUAUGUUCUAUUUGUCAGAGAUGACUGAAGAGCAAACCUUGGUCAUGUACAGUGGACAUCCCUUGGGCCUCUUCCCCAGUGAUCCCAGUGGGCCUCGUCUAGUCAUCACCAAUGGAAUGGUCAUUCCAAAUUAUUCCUCCAGGAGUGAGUACGAGAAACUGUUUGCGAUGGGGGUCACAAUGUACGGACAAAUGACGGCGGGAAGCUAUUGCUACAUCGGACCCCAGGGAAUUGUUCACGGCACAGUGCUGACCAUGCUAAAUGCAGGCCGUCGUUACUUGGGAGUGGAAAACCUAGCGGGGAAGGUUUUCGUCACUUCUGGCCUUGGAGGGAUGAGCGGGGCACAAGCCAAGGCAGCGGUCAUCGCUGGGUGUGUGGGAGUUAUAGCCGAGGUUGAUAAAGCUGCACUCGUAAAGCGUCACCAGCAAGGUUGGUUAAUGGAGAUCACCGACAACCUGGAUCACUGCAUUACUCGGCUGAGGGAAGCAAGAAAGAAAAAAAUCUCCCUCAGUUUAGGCUAUCACGGGAAUGUGGUUGACCUUUGGGAGAGACUCGUCUUUGAACUGGACACAACAGGAGACCUGCUAGUCGACUUGGGAUCAGACCAGACCUCCUGUCACAAUCCUUUUAAUGGAGGAUACUAUCCUGUGCAGCUCAGUUUUCAGGAAGCAAAUGAGCUCAUGGCCACAAAUCCCGCCAAGUUUCGUGACCUAGUGCAGGAAAGUUUGAGAAGGCAAGUGGCUGCUAUUAACAGACUCUCAGAGAAGAACUUCUUUUUCUGGGAUUACGGCAAUGCUUUCCUCCUGGAAGCUCAGAGAGCUGGUGCUGAUAUAGAGAAAAAAGGAGCCAAGAAAACAGAAUUCCGAUAUCCUUCAUACGUUCAGCAUAUUAUGGGAGAGAUAUUUUCCCUGGGAUUUGGGCCAUUCCGCUGGGUAUGUACCUCUGGUGACCCACAAGACCUGGAGACUACAGAUUUGAUUGCCACUACGGUGCUGGAAGAAGCUAUAAAACAAGGAGUGAAAGCUUCUGUGAAGCAGCAGUAUAUAGACAACAUCCGCUGGAUCCAGGAAGCAGGAAAGCACAAGCUGGUGGUGGGCUCACAAGCUCGAAUUCUUUACUCUGAUCAAAAGGGUCGUAUGGCCAUUGCUAUGGCUAUUAAUCAAGGCAUCGCUCAAGGAAAAAUUAAGGCCCCUGUAGUUCUCAGCCGGGAUCAUCAUGACGUGAGUGGAACAGACAGUCCUUACAGAGAGACCUCCAACAUUUACGAUGGCUCGGCCUUUUGCGCAGACAUGGCGGUGCAUAAUUUUGUAGGCGAUUCAUUUAGAGGAGCUACGUGGGUCGCCUUACACAAUGGCGGUGGAGUAGGCUGGGGUGAAGUGAUCAAUGGAGGAUUUGGGCUGGUACUGGAUGGAACAGAAGGAGCUGAGUGCAGAGCUAAAAUGAUGCUUGGCUGGGAUGUUUCCAAUGGAGUGGCUCGUCGUUGCUGGUCAGGGAAUAGGAAUGCCUAUGAGAUCAUCUGUCAGACAAUGGAUGAAAAUCAGAAGCUGAAAGUGACCCUCCCAUACACAGUGGCAGAUGAAAGCAUUUUGGAGAAGGCCUUUUGUUGCUGAGAAUAUCAGGGAUGUAUCACAUUGCCUUGGUGGCAGGCAUGGCAUUGUGUCUUCUAAUUGUCUGUUUCCCUGGAACAUUAUCUGAAAAUAAAAUACAACAUGCUAUGAACACCUCCUGGAUGGGAGAACUGCUUUGAUACAGAAAAGUGCUGAGAAUACGUAGUGUCCAGCAGAAAGGUAUUCAAUAAAAAGGUGUUUAAUGGAAUGCUUAAUGAAAAUAAAACAAUAUAACACCCUGUGUUCAA